GUCCAGAGUUUUCCACGUUUGUUUGCUGCUCUUCCCUGACGCAUCAGGGAUUCGCGCUUCCGGCUUAUAGGCUGCCUUAUUGGCGAUCGAGCAUCAAAGAAGACGCAUUUUUUCCCCCCCUUCGCUUUUUUUCCCCCUUACCUUUAUCUCUGAGACGCACGGCUAGUUUGUGCGUCGCAAGGAGUUUCCAACAGGUUCUUCAUCAGCUCGCCUACAUAGACACAGUGCCCAGUUCAGGAGCGGGUGUGUUUUUUUUUUCCACCCUCCUCUUCCUUGCCAGCUCUCACCCAUAUAUUCUUAUGGAUAUCGCAACAGGUCUGGUGUCGCUGGAGCGCCUCUCCGCGGGAGAACGGUCCGAGACGCGCAUCAUGUUGGACGGCAUAAAAAUCGAAGAUCACCCGCUGCGAUCGGGACAAGCCACACUGGGAGUCCUGCUCGGCUCCGAGUGUCACCACAGGUCCGUGUGCGAGGGCUGCCAGCGUCCCAUCUCCGACCGCUUCCUGAUGAGGGUCAACGACUCCUCAUGGCACGAAGAGUGUUUGCAGUGCACCGUGUGUCAACAGCCUCUCACCACCAGCUGUUACUUCAGAGAAAGGAAACUUUACUGCAAGCACGACUACCAACAGUUGUUUGCCACCAAGUGCAGCGGCUGCAUGGAGAAGAUCGCCCCCACAGAGUUCGUGAUGCGGGCUCUGGAGUGCGUCUACCAUCUGAAUUGCUUCUGCUGCUGCGUGUGCGACCGCCAGCUCCGGAAGGGUGACGAGUUUGUCCUGAAGGAGGGUCAGCUGCUCUGCAAGAUCGACUACGAGAGGGAGAAAGACUUACUCAGCUCGGUCAGCCCGGAUGACUCAGACUCAGAGAAAAGUGACGAUGAGGAGCUGGACAUCAAACCAGAGAAAGGCAUCGGAAGCCAAGGCAAAGGGGAUGAUGGGAAGGAUCCGAGGAGGCCCAAGCGACCACGGACUAUUCUGACCACUCAGCAGAGACGGGCCUUCAAGGCCUCCUUUGAGGUCUCGUCCAAACCCUGUAGAAAGGUGAGGGAGACGCUGGCUGCAGAAACAGGACUCAGUGUUCGAGUGGUCCAGGUGUGGUUUCAGAACCAGCGAGCUAAGAUGAAGAAGUUGGCAAGAAGACAGCAGCAACAACAAGAGCAGCAGAAUUCCCAGAGGCUUGGCCAAGAGGUGAUGUCCAAUCGGAUGGAGGGGAUGAUGAACUCCUUCACGCCGCUGGCUCCGCCACAGCAGCAGCUGGUCACCAUGGAUCAAAACGGUUACAGCACAGACCCGUUCCAGCAGGGACUCACCCCCCCACAGAUGCCUGGGGACCAUAUGAACCCAUAUGGCAACGAUUCUGCGUUCCACGACAUAGACAGUGACACCUCUUUAACCAGCCUCAGCGACUGCUUUAUGGCGUCCUCAGAAGUCAACUCCAUGCAGGCCCGUGUGGGAAACCCCAUCGACCGCCUCUACUCAAUGCAGAACUCUUACUUUGCAUCAUGAAUAAGAGUGGAGCUAAAAGCGUCAGCACGAGAAAAGAGAAGAAAAAAAAAAAAACUGCCCAUCUCAACCUAAAGCGCCAUGGCCGGGAGUUUCUACACUUGUUUGGACAUGAAGAAACAACCCCUUCCAGCAGCUCCUGGUUAUGAGCCGAAGCUUACGAAAAGAUAGCAAAACCACUUGUUGUAGGAGAGGGAAGAGUGGCGAGGACUUACAUAAGACUUAAAUAUUCUUAGAGAUUAUUUGGUAGGAUUACUUAUUCCCACUCUUUUCUUUGCUCACUUAAAGAAAACAAGUAGAUACGGAAGCCACUGAUGAAAACCUCUCAAGCCAAAUAACACGCUGAGUUUAUACAGUGCAUGAUCAAUUGUAAACUAACUUUUUGUAAGCCCCUCACCACCCCCUCCCUGGUUAAGAUGUGGUGUUUGGACUGUUUCUUCUUCACACUACAUGGACUUCCAUGUUCACCGUUAACAUUUUGAUCACUUGCCAUAGAUUUAGGUAUUGUGUUAAUAGUAUAUAGAUGCAGCAUGUCUGCAAGAGUGACUGUACAUCUCUGUGUGCGUAUGAGCGUUUGUGACGAGAAAGAAACCUGUAGAGGAGUAAGAAAAAAAAAAAAAAACAAGGAGGCAGACGUGUAGGAUCAGUGAACUGUAAAUAGUUUUCCUGGACAAAUUGGAUGUGCAUGUUAGAAAUGGAAAGCAUUCUAUUUAUUUAACUAUAACAGGCUCUUGAAGGUACAUAUUAAACGUGAAAAGCUUUAUUUAAAAAGGAGAGCUUUUUUGAAUCAGUUAGUGAGUUCACGAGAAUCACAGCACAUCUGUAUGCCAUUUUAAAUAUGAAGAUUAACCUUUAUGUUUUUUUUGUUUUUGUUUUUUUUGUUGUUUUUUUUCUCCAGCCAAGCUGUAAAUGAGCAACGUUGCUAUUUAUUUCGUACAGACCAUAAACCUUUUGUUGCCAUUUGUCCGAUGUACAUUCUCAAAAUGUUCAAGUUGCUAAUUGACCAAAGUUGACUGGUUUGAUGAAUAAACAAUGUCUUUCUCCUGGUAACGUUAAAUAAAUGCCAUCUGUGACCAUUUACAUGUCAACGGUGUUAGCCCAGUAUUAUCUGUGCGACUGAACAGCCCUAUUAAAGCUUUUCCGAUACGUCA